AUGUCUUUAGAAGACGUAUCUGUUAGCUUGUCAAGACUCGCUCUCGCUAAAGCCAUCAAGACGCCUGAUACUGAUGAAAUUGAAGCAGAACCUUGGUCAAAGAGUGUUAUCUUUCAUCAAUCUCAUAUUACAAAUGAUAUGAAGAACUCGAUCAUGAAUCCACAAUCUAUCAAAAAGGGACGUAAGUAUAUUCCAAGACAACCAAAGCCCUCGCCACAGUAUCCACAGCAACUAUAUCCACAACAGCAACAACAACUACAACAACAACCGUAUCCACAGCAGCAGCAUCCGUAUCCACAGCAACACCAUCUUCCUGCUCCAAUGAAUCGUACAAGAUCAAGCGAUAGACCUCAAAGCUCAAGUAGCUCGUCCAUUUCAUCAAAUAACAAAUCAAGUGUUAUUAUGCAUUCAGCUAUAACUAAAAAUAACCGCCGUUUUGUACCGAGUGAUGAUGAAGAAGAAGAGGAGGAAGAAGACGAAGAAGAAAGUGAGAGUGAAGGGGAAGAACAAGAGCCAAAGACUGUCAUUAAUAGACAACCACAGACAUCUAAGCCAGAUAUGAAACCAUUGUCUACUACAUCUAUUAGUACCGGAGCGCCCAAAUUAGAUAUCAAUAUUCCUCCUCCUGAAAUUAUCAUAGGCAAUAACAAUAACAAAGAAAAGGGAAAAGUAUCUAAACGCACGAUACAGCCGAGUGAUGAUGAGGACUCCGAAGAAGAAGAAGAACAAGACGAUGAUGAUGAUGAAGAAAAAGAAGAAGAAGAAGAGGAGAAGGAGGAGGAAGAGGUCGAGAAAGUAGAACACAAAGAACAUGAACAGCAUAUGUAUGACAGACGUAUGUCUACAUUAAAGCAAUUAGAACGUGGUCCAAGUGUCCACAGAAGAGCCAGGAGUACAGGCGAUGUCACUCAAGAAGUCCAACAACAACAGCAACAACAUCCAAUCGAACAAUGGCGCAUGUCUGUCUUGGACGUAGAUACUCCAGGAUCAACCGUGAGUAGCACGACACCUUCUGACGAUUUGAUUGAAGAGCCUGUCUUCCGUAUAUCCACGCCCUCUAGUGCUAAUUAUCCCCGAUCCGUGAGUGAAAUGGACAUGUAUAAUACCUAUCUCCAGCAACAACAACAGAUGGCCUAUAAUAUGCAAAUGCAACAUAUGAUGCAGAUGGCACAGGCACAACAGAUGGCUCAAAUGGCCCAAUUUCAACAGUAUCAACAAGCCAUGCAGCUCCAACAGCAGCAGCAACAACAACAGCAAAAGCAAAAGAACCGCAAGAGUGUAUCCGCAAUGGAUCUCAUGAUGCAGUUGGAAGAGGAAAAGGCAGCAACGCGUAAAAAUAGAAAGAAGAUGCCGGAUCCAUCCAAGGCUAACUUUGCUGAUGGUUUCCUCAGCAAGCUGCCAGAACAGGGUACACAUAAUAUUAACUUUCAACAAAUGCAACAACAUCAUCAGCAUCAUCAGAUGACAAGAGCAAGUAAAAGUGACUAUAACGUCAACAAACUUCGUCCUGUAGGACAAAAUGCCAUGGGGCAAAGGCCCUCUAGUACACUCAUGUAUUAUGAUCCUCGGAUGACCAUGAUGCGUAGUGAAAGUUCACCCAUACCUACCAUCAGCAUGUCAACACCCAUUCAACAACAACAACAACAAUUCAUGCCCAUGAUGCAGCAACAAAAUAGAUCGAACCAGCAUCUUCAUCAACAACAAAAGAGAACAAGUACCUAUAAUCUUUACAAAUAA